AUGCACUCACCGAGCCACCAGCGAGUCUCGCGCACAAGAGUGCUCCUGCGGAUACGGAUCUCACUUUCGGCCGCCGCAAUCGUCCUGGGAGUUGCGGCGGUGCUCAAUCUACAAGAUGCCGCUCCCAACAUUGCUCUGCUGCAGACUCUGGGAUCUUUCUUGGCAGUUCUGGCGCUGCUGGCGACUUUCCCAUGGUUUAGACGAGAGUUCAAAUGCUGCUGCAUGAGCUCUGGAAUCUUGGCCAAUGCUGGGGCUAUCUUGUCUCUUCUCGAUGGGCAUGUGCUCAUUUCCUUGCUUUACUCCGUCGGCCUCAGCAAUGGCAUCAUCGCACUCGCUGUGGGACUUCCAGUUUUCAUUGCUUUGGUGGCGGUGCUCAUAGAUGGCUUGGUCCGCCUUCCCGGCCAUGCGUGCUCCUUCCGCUCCAGCUGGGAGGUGGGAGCUGCCGCCUGGUUGGACCUCGAUGCAAAGUCCCCGAUACCGGCCCG